AUGGCCAACACAGAAGUGCCUUUCGAUGCAAAUCAGAUCGAAAACGUACGCGUGAAUCUGCCCGGUGUAGUCAGCUCCGUUGACCUAUUGACAUCGCCUCUUAUCAAACGCGUCACACAUGCCGAAUUUCUGGCCUACACAUUGAAGGCACUGUCGCUGACUGAUUUGACUACGCUCGCUGGCGAUGAUACCGCAUCAAAUGUCGCCCGAUUGUGUUUCCGUGCGGCUAAUCCAUUUUCCGAUCACCGCGCACACGUGGCAACCAAAAAUCGCUACCAUACAGCGGCCGUGUGUGUCUAUCCCAGCCGUGUCGCUGACGCACACAAUGCCCUGAAAGCGCUAGGCAUGGUAGGCAAGAUCCAAAUUGCAUCCGUUGCGACGGGAUUCCCUUCCGGAUCAUACCCCUUGGAGACGAGACUAAGUGAGAUUCGCUAUGCCAUCGAAAGCGGCGCAACCGAGAUCGACGUGGUGAUCGAUCGCAGCCUGGUGCUGGCUGGUAAAUGGGACAAAUUGUACGAAGAAAUCGUUGCAAUGCGUAAAGCCUGUGGCGAUAAGGUGCAUCUGAAAACGAUUCUCGGCAUCGGAGAGUGCGGCAGUUUGGUGAAUGUAUACAAAGCCUCCAUGGUGGCAAUGAUGGCCGGUUCCGAUUUCAUCAAAACAUCCACCGGUAAGGAGGCGGUCAACGCGACACUCCCCGUAGGGUUGGUCAUGAUUCGUGCCAUAAAGAAGUUCUACCAGCUGACGGGUAAAAAGAUCGGCCUCAAGCCGGCCGGUGGCGUGCGCACGGUCCGAGAUGCGAUCGCCUGGAUGAUCAUGAUCCGGGAGACGCUGGGCGACGAAUGGUUGGUGCCGGAAUUGUUCCGUUUCGGUGCGUCCGGCUUGUUGGACGACAUCGAGAAGCAGUUUUAUGCUUUCUCGAAGAACUAACAAGCCGCUAGUUUCCCGUUUAAAUGUUUAAUGUAAGAAAAUGUGCGUACGCAACAU